AGUGUAGCGACGACGAGAACGAGCGAUCCCCCACCUUUUCUCUCCCGCGAUCCGUCGGCGAGGGAGCACUUCCUCCUCCUCCUCCUCCUCCUCUUUCUUCUCUUCUUCCUCCUCCUCCACCUCCUCCUCCUCCUCCUCCUCCUCCUUCGCCGUUUUCCAGCGGUCCUGACCGCCCACCCUCCCGCUUGCUUUCCACGCUCGAACAGAGAUCUUGGGGGUGUACGGACGAUGAGAUAGGCGAGCGAAAAAGCUCGCGAGUUCCGAGGAGUUUGCUCGUUGGCAGCAGUAGCAGUAGCAGUAGCAGCAGCACCAGCAGCAGCAGCAGUCCUGGCCUGCCACUAUCCUUCCGAUACGGUCAUCGUAAGUGUCUUCUCGUCUGUGCUGCAUAUGCGUGUUGUGUGCGUGCUGUGUCGUGUGUUCUCGCGUGCCGUUGUCGUUGUCGAUUCGUCGUUGUUAUCUUCGUCGUCGUCUUCGUCGUCGUCGCUGUCGCCGUCGCCGUUGCCGUCGCCGUCGCCGUCGUCGUGAAAAGAGCAAAGAUGGUAAGGGUGAAGAAACGGAAAGAAGCUACGAAAUGAGGAUUGAAAAUAAGUGUGCCAACUUUCUUAUGGGAAUACAUAUACCACGUAUAUACCGGGGGUGAGAAAUAAGAUUGCUCGAUGUUAUAUCUUCCUUGGAAUAUGGUCCCGGUGAUUCUCGCAUUGAUGGGUUUAAAUCAUAGCUCUUUAAAAAUGAGCUAAGGAAUAUUUUCUAAUAAAGCGCGCGCGUUUAUCGAACGUCGCUCAGGGGUUGUUCGGGUCUUUCAGCAGCACCGAACAAACGAACGAACGAACGAACGAGCGAGCGAGCGAGCGAGCGGUGGCGUUUCGUUGCUCCACUGUGCGUGGCGACGCGACAGUCUCGACGACGGCGGCGAACUCGAGACGUGUCCGAGACCGAGGGUAAAUCAGUCAGUAUGGCGGUGGAAUUGGCGGAGUGCUGUGGCGUUGGAGGUGGCGCUUCCACGGCACCUCAGGCUCCGCAGCUGCAGGCUACCGGAUCUGCUGUCGGGGCUACCACCUCCGCGAUCAUGCAGGACCCAGUUCUCGAGUCCAUCCUCGAGCAAAUGCGAGAAACCGAAGCUCGGAGGACAGAUUUGGAACGACAAUACGGGGAAGCACAGAAUCAAUUACGUGAAAAGAUAGCAGGUCGAUACCAAGGACCAGAAUCAGUCGAAGCACUGCAGUCGAAAAUCAGAGAAUUGGAGAAAAAAACUGAAUUGCAGAUGGUCAAGCAUGAGGAAUUAUCGCUGGAAUUGACGAGUUUAAGAAGGGCUCGAACUCGUGGCCCAGGUGUUGGUCAUGUUACAUCUGGAAUACCAACAUCCACUUGGCCUCCGGCUGGCUCUGAAAUUGAUAGAAUUAUUGCAAAGAUUGAACAAGACAGUAGCAGUGCCGGCAGAAUGUUACACGACUUGGAUCAUGCUCGAGGAACUAUAACUACACAGCAACCUUCGGCCACGCAAAGUAUUCUUCGAUCCAGUUCGGAGAACCUUCCUAAUUUGGGCCAACAUCAGCACCCUCCUCAUCCGCAUGCUCUUAAUCUGGGGAUGCCCACGCAAAUGAGCCAUUAUGCAGGAUCGCCCAUGCCAUUGACGCCAAUGAUGCCUGGUUGUCCGCCGUUGACGCCAAACGGGCCACCGUAUCAUUAUAGCGAACCAAUACCUCCAGCACCGUCUCUCUCUACUAGUCAGUCGCAACCUGCUUUUCAACAAAAGCUCCAGCAAUAUCAACAACAACAACAAACGGAUUUGUCGAGUUCUCAUCCUCAGGGAACUUUGCCCUCCCAACAAAAGCAACAAGCGCACACACACUUUACAAGUAAUCAGUAUCAAGAGAGUUAUCCGCAUACGCAAACUUAUCAGCAACCGCUUCAACAGCAACAACAUCCGAGCUCGACUUCGUACCUGACAGCGUCGAAUCAAAGUGUGAUACCUCAUUAUACGCAGCCAACUCAGACUGCGCAAAGUUAUCAAUUAAAUGGCAGUCAGCAUGGUUCUCAACAGUCUACGACGUAUCCUAAUUUAUCAAUGUCGACGCAUCCCAAUGGGACAUACAGUUCAGGAGCUUCUUUCAACCCUCAACUGUCUCACCUUAAUUAUUCGGUUCCGCCGUCGAAUAUCACGCAAACUACCUUGUCAACGUUGGCACCAUAUUCGACGGCAUCCUUCCAUUCAACGUUAGGGCCGCUUACGAGCGUUUCUCAAACCGUUCUUCCUUAUUCGAGCGCUCAAAGUAGCUAUGCUACAAGCGGCUUGACUUAUUCUACUGUCGGGACCAAUGCUUUCGGCACCUCGAGCGUCGGCUCGGGUACUACAUCGGGAAACUUGUUACAAGCAAUAGGAGAUCCUUUACAAGCGAUGCAACAACUUUCUGCUCAAUCGCAAGCCAAUCAAUUGCAACAACAAGCGAUUAUUCAACAAAUACAACAAAGUUUGCGAGCUAGUUCGCCAACGGCGACAAGCACAACGGGCCACCAUUUUCUUGGUCCAAGACAAAUGCCAAAAAUCCCUACUGGUAUACUUACUAAUCCUUUAGAUAGAUUGACCAAUGAAAAUAUAGUAUCUGAAGGUCAAGUCGACAUGUUGGAUAUACCUGGCAAGGGUAGAUGUUACGUUUAUAUAGCUCGCUUCACUUAUGAGCCCUUUCAGCAUUCGCCUAAUGAAAAUCCAGAAGCUGAGUUACCCGUACAGGGUGGGGAUUAUCUUCUUGUUUGGAGUCAACCAGACGAUGAUGGUUUCCUUGACGCUGAAACUCUCGAUGGAAGGCGUGGUCUCGUACCCGCUAACUUUGUACAAAAGUUAAUUGGUGAAGAUCUGUUGGAAUUUCAUCAAGCUGUCCUCGGCCUUAGAGACGUCGAUGAUUCUGCUUCAACGAAUAUUCCACAAGUGAGCAAUUGCUAUCUGCAGGACAUCGAUCUAGAAUUAGCAGCUUUAGAAGAAGGAAAUCGAAAUCGACAAGCUGAGUUAUCUGCUUAUGCUGAAUUAGACAAUAUUGCGGAAGAUGACGAACAGGAACCACCAGAAGUCUACCUGUUUUCGGACCUAGUUCCGGCGCCGCAGCACCUCACUCUUGAACGACAACUCAACAAGAGUGUCCUGAUUGGGUGGACCGCUCCUGAAAAUCCUCAUCAACUAGAAUCCUAUCAUGUCUACGUGGAUGGUGUACUGAAGGUUACCGUCAAAGCUACUGAAAGAACGAGGGCAUUGGUCGAGGGAGUUGAUUCUACUAGGCCCCAUAGAAUAAGCGUACGAUCAGUGACGCAUUCGAGAAGAACAUCAAGGGAUGCAGCAUGCACAAUGGUAAUCGGCAAAGAUAUUGCUUUGGGUCCAACUGCCGUAAAAGCAUCCAAUGUAACAGCAACAAGCGCUGUGAUAUCAUGGUUGCCAAGUAAUAGUAAUCAUCAACACGUAGUUUGUGUGAAUAACGUCGAAGUCAGGACCGUGAAGCCAGGAGUUUAUAGACAUACGAUCACCGGUUUGGCACCCUCAACGAUUUACAGGGUGACGGUGAAAGCGAAAAAUUUAAGAGCAACACAUUUUGAGGAUCAAAAUGCACAAGCGGUAAACAAUUUUGCCUGUCAUGUCCAUUUUAAGACAUUGCCCAAAGGAUUGCCAGAUCCUCCGGUCGAUAUCCAGGUGGAGGCUGGACCGCAGGACGGCACUUUGCUAGUGACCUGGCAGCCUGUUGCCCUAAACGGUUCGGCCGUCACCGGUUACGCGGUGUAUGCCGAUGGAAAAAAAGUCACCGACGUUGACAGUCCCACCGGUGAUCACGCUUUGGUCGACAUACACAAACUCAUGGGGCUGAAUCCAAAACACAUAACAGUCCGUACGAAGAGUAGGGAGAGUCAAUCGGGUGACAGUUGUGCUACAGCGAUACCUUGCAGUGUUCUUCGGGGUGGUACGAGUACUCAUUUGCAGCAUGGUGCCCCACACAUGCUCGAUCAAGGCCAACAACAACAACAACAACAACAACAAACAAGCGUCAUACAACAGGACGAUCCGAACCGUCAUCGUAUGGGAGUUGCUCAGCGAUAUCCUACUGCACCUGUUCCAUCGCACAUGAGAAGACAAGGUACCAGAGUCGAUGUACAUGGUCAAGUAAUCAUUGAAACAGAUGAAAACCUCUCCGACAAGGAAAUAUUUCCAGGACAGAGCAUCUCUCAAAUGGCUGUUCCAGAAAUCACAAAGGAUUCUGCUAGCGAAGCCAAUUAUAGCGAAGAGGAUGAUCCAUCUCGAAGAGGUCGUGGAAUGUCACCGCAUCAUCAUCGAUAUGGUCCUCAAGGCCCUCAAGGACCACCUGGAGCAUAUAGAUCGGUUAGAAUGGGAGGACCUGGUAGACCUCAGGAUGCUUAUUACGAUCAAACAGGUAAUCAAAGGAUGAGAGGACCGAUAUAUGGCGCAAGAGUAAAUCAAGCUCAAGGUGGUAAUGUUCAUCCAGCUAGUGGUGUUCAACAAAUGAAUAAGAGGAUACGCCGAUUCAUCGCAUUAUUCGAUUACGAUCCAACAACUAUGUCACCAAAUCCCAAUGCCUGCGAGGAAGAAUUACAAUUCUCUGAGGGAGACACGAUCAAGGUAUACGGUGAAAAGGAUGCCGAUGGUUUUUAUUGGGGCGAAUGUCGUGGUAGACGAGGAUACGUGCCGCAUAAUAUGGUUGAAGAAUUAAAAGAUCAAAAUCAAGGUGGUCAAGGACAACCUAAUAGACGAGGACCUGGAUCUAAUGAAAGAUGGGGAGAUAUCUAUGCGAGUAUGCCUAUGAAGAAAAUGAUAGCGAUGUACGAUUAUAAUCCACAGGAACUUUCACCUAAUCCGGAUGCGCAAGUUGAGUUACCGUUUCAUGCUGGCAAUGAAAUUUGUGUUUAUGGUGAAAUGGACUCCGAUGGAUUUUAUAUGGGCGAACUUAACGGAGUUCGCGGUUUAGUGCCAAGUAAUUUCCUCAUAGAAGCAUCUAACCAGGGUCAACCGUCUCAAGGAGGUAGAAGGCCACCGGGACAAAGUCAAGGACCCGGUGCGAGGGGUCCACCACCCCCACCACGAGAACCUCCACCAACUGGGCACCGCCGUAAUAAAGAUGCCUGCAUUGUGCCUGUGUCUGUCCCUGUCUGUCACUUAGACUCUAGACAACAACAACAACAACAACAACAACAACAACCACUAAUGAACAACCAACAACAUCAACUACAACAAAACAAUCCACCGCAUCUAGCGUACCAACAAGCGAAUCACCAUAGCAAUACGACUGUAACCACGUCUAAUCAGCAUGGGCCCAGUCACUUGCCUUCCGGCGGUGGUGUCAUGGGUGCCCAUCAACAAGGGCCCCUUCCACCCCACCUUCAACAACAGGGGAAGGGGAGGGGAGGCGUGGGCAAUCGAGCCGUUGGUAGUAACAUGCCAGGCGGCAUGCAAACUCCGGGACAACACAUGCAACCGCAACAGCAGCUCGAUUAUCAAGGUCAGCAACAGCCGAAUCAACAGUAUCAACAACAGCCAAAUCAACAGAAUCAGAAUUAUCAGCAAUCAAAUCAGGGAUACCCGCAACAAGGUCAACAAGGCUUUGGACAGCAAGCUGGACAACAGUAUCAACAACCGCAACAACAACAACAGGGACAGCAUCAACAACAGCAGCAGCAACAGCAGCAGCAGGUGCAACAACCAAAUCAAGGAUAUGGUCAACAAAACCAAGGACCAUCGAUGCAGAGUUCACAGCCAAGCAGCAAACCAAUGAGGGGUAUACCGACUGUCCUUCCAACUGCUCAAAGCAAAACCACACCGAACACUCCGCAAGGCCAACAACAACAGCAACAGCCACAACAGCAGCAGAGUACGGGUCCGAAUCUAAUGCAAAAAUUUACAGAAAUGGCAGGUGCCAGUGCAGGCGGAGAUAUUCUCUCGAAGGGCAAAGAGCUUAUCUUUAUGAAGUUUGGCUUGGGCAAGUGAGCUAUUGCCUUUAUUACACCGCCGAUAUUAAAAAUACAUCUUUUCUUUUUCUUCCUCUCCGCUUACGAUAUUUGACGCGGAUUCCGACGACGUAUCGAUAACGAGCUCCGUGAUCAGAACGUUCGAAUGCCACUUUAUUACGACCGAUCGUAUGUACGAGUGCAGGAUAAAAAGAUAAAAUAUGAUUAAACAUUUAUGGGAUAUAUAUAUAUAUAUAUAUAUAUAUAUAUACAUAUAUAUGCAUAUAUAUAUAUAUAUAUAAAGAGAGAGAGAGAGAGAGAGAGAGAGAGAGAGAGAGAGAAGGCCGACGAUGACUCGCUGAUUCCUUCGUCAAGUUCGAUGAACUUCAAUGUGUCCUGCCAUCGCUGCCGCUGCUGUUGGUGCUGGUGCUGGUGCUGGUGCCAUUACCGCCGCUGCCGCCAUUGCCAUCGCUAUGUAAUCGCUGCUAGAAUUCGCUGGAGGCAUAUAAACGCAGGCAGGUAAUCGAUCGUAAAAUCUUAUGGGAAGCAUAUUCUAGCUCGUCUAUCAUUUCACGUUGGAGAGAGAAAGAUAGAUAGAUAGAUAGAUAGAUAGAUAGAGAGAGAGAGAGAAAGAGAGAGAGAGAGAGAGAGAGAGAGAGAGAGAGAGAGAAAGAGACGGAGAGACGAAGGAUCGGCUUUGUUGCCGAUGUUAUUAUAGAGGGAAAGAAAACCUUCGAUAGAAUUUUUUUAAGAUCACCCUGAUAUAAUAAAGAAAAAAAAAGAAAAAUAAUAAUAAUAAUAAUAAUAAUAAUAAUAAUAAUAAUAAUAAUAAUAAUAAUAAAAAUGACAACGGUAAGAAAGUAAAAGAGUUCUCGCGACGUUGACGCAAAAACCAUGCGAGAUCUCCUUAAGAAGAAAAUAAUAAAAAGAUAAAGAAAAAGAAGAAGAAAAAAAGAAAUAAUGAACAAUGACAGAAACUAAACGAUGUUAUUCCGAAUAUACUUAUUUACGUUUCGAGGAGAUACGAGAAAUGGGAAUUUGCAAAAAGAGAAAAAAAAAAGCGGAAGACACAUAUAUAGUAAGGUUCCUCCGAAAAUCUUAAUAUAUCCUCUUCUAAUUCUUCUACGCGAAAGCUGGAACUUCUUCGCAGGUGCUAAUACAAUCGACGAGAGUAUUAUCUUGAUGUUCCAAUGUACGUGAGCAAUGCAGAUUCAAUCUAGAGAGAAAAAAAAAUGAAAAAAAAAAAACAAAAAAAAAAAGAAAAAAAAGUAUAUUUCCUUCAAUAUUGUAUAAUAUAUUCGCGAACGAAUAUACAUAAAUGUUGGCCGAUUAUAAAAAUGUUAUCGCGUCCAGACCAAAGUACAUCACCAACGCGUGUUGCAUGUUUUUCGUACCUGUUGCCGUACCUUCCAAACGGUGUGGACGAUCCACCUCAUUUCGAAGUUCUUUCUGUUAAUAACUAUGUUGGCUUUUUCCUUGUAAUAAUUGACAUAAUGCAAGUCCUCGUUGAGAAUCGAACGUGUCUUUCAUUUCGUCCACGUAUACACGAGACAAAGAGGGAUUAAGAACAAGAGGGAGAGAGAGAGAGAAAGAGAGAGAGAGAGAGAGAGACGUGGACAAACGCAAUUAAUUCGUUUCUCGUGUUACGAUGGAAGUAAGAAAAGAAAAGAAAAGAAAAAAGAAAAGAAAAACGUAAAAAAAAAGAAAAAGAAAAAAAAACAAGAAAAAAUGCAUUAACAGAAUCAGGUUAUUCGCAGAAUUAUAGAGAAGUUGAUUAAAUGUUAGUAAAAAAAAAAAAAAGAAAAAAAAAAAAAGAAAAAAAAAGAAAAAAAAAAAUAAAUAAAAAAUAAAAAAAUAAAAAAAUAAAUAAACAAAUAACAUACUUGGACGAGCGCGGACAGGAUAUUAAUGUACGUGCGAACGUAAUGGAACAACAUAAAAAACUUUUAUCAUGUAGGUAAUGCGUAGAUUACGAGAUAAAUUUUAUCUACAUAGGACUGGACAAUGAAAUGUGGGGGUGUGCCUUCAAAUAUCUCACCCUGAAAACAAAAGACGAGACCAUAUCCUUAAAUCAUUAUAAUAUAUAUUGCAGCUAGUUUAUUCUGUUUGAGAUCGCUAAACGAUUGCGCGUUUUUAAAUAAAUGCGCGUAUACAUAUUUCUCACUUUCGCGAAAGCCAAUAUUUAAAUGAUGAUAGGCCGAACGAAAUAAAAUAUGACAAGUUCGUUUCCUUCGAUAAACAAAUUUUCUUCAUAGAAUGACUUACUCGAUCCUCGUAGAAAUUAUGUUCUCUCUUUCGAGGAUAUGAGAACUAUCCUGAUCCUCUCUAUUUUUCCACACUGUAAUCUUUAGCUUUUAUUUUUAUUUUUUUUUUGUUUUUUUUCUUUUGAUAUACUUCUUUUCUUCUUCUUCUUCUUCUUCUUCCGUCUUCUUCUAUCGUCUUCUAUCUUCUUUCUAUGUAUAUACAUACAAAAUACAUCUUACGUCUUAGGUUGACAUAACUCUCGCGAUUAAAUUCGCAUACACGAUGAGCCAAUUAUUGCGUCCAUCGUGAUUGUUCCGUCAUUAUCAUAUAUUAUAAAUGUAGAAAACGUCGUCCCUCUCUUCCCUCUCCAUCCUCUCCGCCUUUCCCCCUUCUUCACCAUCUGCUUUUCGAUCGAUUUAAGGAAGAAACGUAUCUUCUCUUGUCGCAUUCGAGCAUAUACAUACAUACAUACAUAAAUACAUAAAUACAUACAUACAUACAUGUAUACAUACAUAAAUAUCGAGAGAUAUGUAUCUUAAAUACAACAUAUGGUAAUCAGAUGAGCUAGAGCAAGCAAACGAGCAAAUAAUAAUCAGGUCAUGACCGAUUUCAUCGACGAUCGUGUUGUUCAACGACGUCGCCUGAUUUCGCGUCUUUAUUUAUACGUGCAUUGAGAGAAGAAUGACGUUUGUCGAAUGAAAAAUAUACGAUUGAUAAAAAUAAAAUGAAAGGGAGAUACGUAAAAGCGAACGAAGCAAAAAGAAAAAAAAGAAAAAAAAAGAGAAAACCAAAAAAAAGAGGAAGAAAAGAAAAAGAAAAAACAGAGAAAUAGUAGGGUACGCAUACAACACAUUAAAAUAUACAUAUUAUACAGAUCGGUGGCAUUUAAGACAAUAUAUUAUACUCCGAUAUCUUUUUCCGAUUAAAAAAGGUACGAACAAAUGUUUAGAACAAAAGUUACCUGAUUCGAAGAAAAGAAAUGGAAAAUAAUGAGGAGGAGUCCUUUCUUUCUUUUUUCUUUUUUUUUUCUUUCUUUCUUUCUUUCUUCCUUUCCAAAUGUUAAUGAUUAAAGAAAUGAUUAGAAAUCUUUAUUUACGACCUGUUCCUAUCGCGCUUACGUGUAUAUGUUUAAAUUUUGCUUUUUUUCUUUCUUCUUUUUUUUUUCCUCUUUCGAUUCGUCAUAAGAUCGACGCAGGAAUACUUGAGAGAUAAAUGUUUCACAUUACGUAUAUGCGUGCGUAAAAAUAAGAAGAAAAAAAAAA